GCAAACAUGUUUUCAAAGUCUGUGUCUUGGAACCUACAAAAGGCUCCAUGGAGAGAAUACCAGAAUCCAGGAGCCAAACCAGAGGGGAACAUGGAGCUUCUGUCUACCCCCCACAGCAUCGAGAUCAACAAUAUCACCUGUGACUCUUUCCGUAUCUCCUGGGCUAUGGAAGACAGUGACCUGGAGAGGGUCACCCAUUAUUUCAUUGACCUGAACAAGAAGGAAAAUAAGAAUUCCAACAAGUUCAAGCACCGAGUGAACUAUGCCAAGGAACACCUUGCCCAGCUGCAGGAGAAGGCUGAGCAGAUCGCUGGCCGCAUGCUUCGCUUCUCUGUGUUCUACCGCAACCAUCACAAGGACUACUUCCAGCAUGCCAGGACCCACUGUGGGAACGUACUGCAGCCUUACCUGAAGGACAACAGCGGCAGUCACGGCUCCCCCACCAGCGGCAUGCUGCACGGGGUCUUCUUCAGCUGCAACACGGAGUUCAACACAGGCCAGCCCCCCCAGGACUCCCCUUAUGGCCGCUGGCGCUUCCAGAUCCCUGCCCAGCGCCUCUUCAACCCCAGCACCAACCUCUACUUUGCGGACUUCUACUGUAUGUACACAGCCUACCACUAUGCCAUCCUGGUGCUGGCACCCAAAGGCUCCCUGGGGGACCGCUUCUGUCGUGACCGGCUGCCCCUCCUGGACAUUGCCUGCAACAAGUUCCUGACCUGCAGUGUGGAGGAUGGAGAGCUGAUCUUCCGUCAUGCUCAGGACCUCAUCCUGGAGAUCAUCUACACCGAGCCUGUCGACCUGUCCCUGGGCACCUUGGGAGAGAUCAGCGGGCACCAGCUCAUGAGCCUGUCCACUGCUGACGCCAAGAAAGAUCCCAGCUGCAAGACCUGCAACAUCAGUGUGGGCCGCUAGGGACUCCCGGGGAGCCGGGGGGCUGGGGAGAGAGGACAGGAGGGUGGGAUGUGAUGUGUGGCUUAGGUUUGGGGAGCUGGCUUUCUCUCCCCUCUCCCUGCUCCCUCCACUCUGUCCACUUCCCCCUGCCCCCACGUUGGAGACAACGGAAGGUCUUAGCAUGGCACAGUCCGGACCUGGUGGACCUGGAGAGGGGGCACUUCUCAGCAGAUGAUAACCUCCUUUUCUGUUUCCCUCUUCUGUUUUUUGACCUCAAGCAGGCCUCCCUGAGUCCUCAGGUAUCUCCCAGAGUCCUCCCUGCCUCUCGGGCCAAUGCCCAUGUGUAGCCUGGCCUCCAUGUAGAUGCAGAAAGCUGUGGAGUACCGCCUCCCUAGCCCCGCCCACCCCACUCAGGGCUACCCCAGACAGCCCCCUUCUCACUCAGCUGGGCCUGAGGGCUUUGACUCCUCCGGGCCAGGCCCCUCUCUCUAUAAAUAACCUCCUGCACUGCUGUCUUGCCCUGGCUGCCCCUGAUCCCCCCAGAGCCCAAUUCCCGCAUGGGAGCGCCGUCCAUCCCUUCUGUCACUGUCGCUGACCCACUUGAGAUGCCCUCCCACUCUCUGGAAAAGUACCCUCUCUCAUUUUCUAGUUUGGAGGGCUCGCUCUGGUCUCUUGAGGUAUUCCUUUCUUCUAUCCGGGGAUGAUAUAUUCCUCAGCAAAUCUCCCUCGCUCGCUCAGAGAGCACCGGGGUCUGCACAAAACAGCUGCUGGGGUCUAGGAGGGGGAAGGAGACCCCUGAGACCUGUUCCUCAGCCAGAAGUGGGCCACCUCAUGUCUUGAUGGACCUGACAGAGCGAGAAAACUGAGUGUGACCCACAGGGCCCUGGCACCCUGCCCAGCUGUGCACUUUGCUCGCUCACACGCCCGCCUGCCAGCCAUCCCGCCCGCUCUGCCUGAGAGUCAUGACUGUUCCGUGCCGCGUGUGAGCCAGAUCUUCUGCUCUCUAUCACGCCACCCCUUGCUCUCUGGGCUGAUCCCCUGGGGAGUUCCUGAUGAAUCCCCCCACCCCAGCUCCCUGUGUUUUCAUCUUGUUCUUAACGUUGUCUGGAUCAGGAGGGCGGGGAGGGUGGACUCCCUGACACAAGACAAGCAGGUGGAGAGAGAGUAGAGGGAGGGAUUGUCAUAGUAACAUUUUCCGAGGUGAUAGAAAUGAUACACGGGCAGCUGGACUUCUGUGAAGGACAGAGGAGCUGGCAGACCCACAGGGCCACACCUCUGAGGGACCGGUGAAUGGCUGGUUACCAGAGACAGGGCUGGUAGACAUUCAGGCACCUCAUGGGAUGGGCCAAGAGAUCUGGGAUCCUGGGAACUGUGUGGAGAAGAGGAUUCGACGGCCCCCCUCCCCAGGCCCUUCCCCUCUGCUGACAGCACUGUUGUGGUCGUGGCCUGCUGCCUUGUCUUCUGUCCCUGGGUGGGGCACACCCUUCUGUACUGUGCUUGCUAUAAGCAUCAAUAAACCACAAUGGCCCAAGGGC